AUGGAAAUCGAAUCGGCGUCAGCUUACGAGAACAGAUUGGACCACGAAAAGGCAAAGCUACAAAGGAGACAGGCAAAAGCUGAAAAGAGAAUAUUAGCAAGGGAGAAAGAAGUUGGAAAGAGAAAAGUGGGAGAAGCUGAAGAAUCUUUUGGAUACGGUGCUAGUGUCACAAUGGGGGUCGUCGUUUCAGAAGAUCCGUAUCUUUGGGAUCUCGGCGCAAAGCAAGCGCCACAGGAGGAAAAGCCUUUGAAGAUAGAUUUCGGCGUUGGUUCAAAAAUUUCAACGAUUAAGGAAGAGAACAAAGUCGAUCACCGCCUGAAACACAGCCACGUAGCGCUCUCAGUAAGAGGAGUUUCCAGCAGCCAUCGGACGCCGCCGAAGGAUCCAAGGGCCCAAAGGCUGGGGGAUCCUCUGGAACUCCGGCCAAAGACAAGGACAAAGAAAGAGAUGGAUAAUUCAGCCCUCCCGGCGACUGUCUUUCCCCGUACUUCAGAUCUACUGGGAAAUUCUUAUCUAAAUUUGGGUUCGUGGUCAGAGUUGGUAACAGAGGAAAAAGCUCUCAAAAGGGAGAUCUCAAGAAUCGCCCAAGAUUAUGGGCUAGAUUGGACCCCAGGGGACAAACGAGAAGGCGACAGAACAGACGAUAAAAUUAGGCACAGCAAUAUCAAGGGUCCCGAGGUCGAAGAGGAAAAAUCCCAGGAAUUCAAGAGCAGUCCCGAGCCAGAGGAAGUCAAGCGCAAAAGGAUUUCCGUUGCCGAGAAAGCAGAAUCGCAACAUUGA